UUGACGGCCACCGCCUGUACGUUGAGAGGGAGGUGCCUUUGGAGGUGCGGGCAUACGACGGUGCCAACUUCCCCACGGAGGUUGGGAGCGUGGAGUCCCUCCAGGUGAAGGUCCUGGUCGCGGGCGAGAUCAAGAGGCCUGAGUCGAUAAAGAUUGAGAUCACCAGCGAGAACAACCUCUUCUUCCACUACGUGCACGAGAUGAACAAAGAGGGCUUCGCAGAAAUGGCGGAGGCCCAGCGCCUGGUGAUCGACUUUGCUGAGUACGGCUCCCUGCUGGUUCGCCUCAUCGCCAGCUGCCUCAAAGAGCCCCAGGCCUUUUUGGGCGUAAUGGUGUUCACGCGGGACAAAGCUGCAAGGCUGGAUUUCAUUCAGAACAUGGAGCACAAGUUCGUGGAGUUGCUGUCUCUGAAAUUCGUGGCAUCGCCGGAUGAGGUGGUCAGGCGGUGCCUGACAUACCGAUACAACAACGCCAAGUCCAAGCUAGCGAUACUGCAGGCAAAGAUGGCCGACGUCAACGCACUG